CGAGAGGGAAGCAGGGCAGGCAGUAGCAAACCAGACACAUUCCGUCUUCUCUGCUUCCGCCCUGCGCUUUGGCAAGCGUGAUGCUCUCAGCUGACACUGCCUUCUGCCGCCCUCUUAACUUUCGUGGUCGAAGCAAUCAUUCCUUUUCCGCCCUGCUCUCUGCCAUGGAAUCUAUUGCCGCUUCGCACGUCUCCUACCCUUUGUGAUCACCGACAGACUCUUCUGCAGCGAGAGAGGGAGAGGAGCAGAAACGAAAGUAAACAUGGACACGGUGCACGGAGAACAGAGCACUGUGUUUCCAGGAGAGAGAGAUUGAGAUGGAAACCUUGUCACUCACCUCUCUUUUUCACGAUUUGGAUGGUUACUUGUGGGGGAUUUCAUGUGGGUUUAAGAUUUAGGUGCUCGGGGUUUGAGCUUCUGGGAGAUUGAGCAAGCUUCGGUGAGUGGGAAAGAAGGCACAGAACUCUUCUCUGCUCACUCAGUCUCCACCGGUUCAUCUCCUGUGUCUCUCGUGUGAUCGACUUUCGAGAAAGCUUCUGUGCCAUCCUCUGAAUUCCUCCUACUUUGCCAACUUCUUGUGCUCGUCCUGGAUCUCUUCUUUGUCCCUUUUUAUCGUUUAACGUUCUUCUUUCUUCUCUCUGGUUGAGAGGGUGUGUGAGGAUAAAAAGGUGCAAUCUUUUCCUUCUCCUUUGCUCGACGCCUUUCCUUUGUCUCCGUUUAUAUUUUGGCUUACUGGAGAGGAAAUGGAGGAAGAUUAUAAAUGCGGAGAAGGUCGGCAGUCUCUGCUUCUUCUUCUCUCUGCGGAGGAGAAGAAGCUAGAACUAAGGCUCGGCCUCCCUGGAGAAGAAGGCUGGCCGACCAUGCUGAAGAAGAGGGAAUCCGUUUUUAAGAGCAACAGUGCUAAUGCUUCUUCUGCAGCCAAAAGAGUCUUCCUGAGCCCGGUCGAUUCUGAGACACAAGCUUUUCAACGGCAGACACCGGCAGGAUUCCUUCAUCUGCCGGCAAAAGGGAAGGAAUCACCGGAGAAACAGGUCGCCACCCCUCAAAGUAGUUCACCGUCGAGGACUGCCACUGCACCUGUUGUCGGUUGGCCUCCGAUCCGUUCUUCCAGAAAGAAUCUCGCCGGAGCUGCUAAACCGUCCUCCGAGUCCCCGACCGGGAGCUUUCGAGCUGCAAAACCUCCAGAAACCGAAAGGAAGGGCCUGUUUGUGAAAAUCAACAUGGACGGCAUCCCGAUCGGGAGAAAAAUAGACCUUAUGGCCUGUGGCAGCUACAAAAAGCUCUCAUCAGUCGUCGACGAGCUCUUUCGCGGUCUCAUAGCUGCUCAAAUGGAUCGGAGGACCGAAGAGAGGCGAGCGAUUACUGGCCUUUUGGACGGAAGCGGCGAGUUCACUCUGGUUUACGAAGAUGACGAAGGGGACAGGAUGUUGGCUGGUGACGUCCCUUGGGACAUGUUCGUUUCGACGGCCAAGAGAUUGCGUGUUCUGAAGAGCUCCGAUCUCUCUGCACCAUCUAUGAGAGCCGUGAUCAAGGACGGUGCAAAUGAGUCUUGAGCUUAUCGAAUGUUUGAACGUUUUUGGUGGCAAAGAAAGCUGCAAGGAAUAGCUUGAGGGGUUUGUUUGCACUUUGCAGGGAUAGAUAGAGAGUUUAGGAGGCGCAGGAUGUUUGUACUCGAUAUGUAAAUCCGACAUAUGGCUCAGCAGUAUUCUGUAUUCAGAUAUAUUAAUUCCAAGUGACAUAUUUUGGUUGGUGUCUCCGUUA